AUGUGCCAUCCAGGUCGGGCCUGGUCACGUGCGGUGGACUCGCACAGACCUCGUCGCCCCGCGCUGCUGUCCCCCCAAAGAGAGCGCGUAUGGCAGGACCCGGAGACCGUCGGCGCCAUGGCCGCCGUGGAGGGCGACGCCUGCCCUCCGGACGAGCACAAGCGCUUCCAGACCAUCGUGUGCAGGGUCGAGGAGACCUGCGGCUGUGCCGACACCCUCUGCAAGCUGGACUGGUGCGCUGGCUACGUCCACGAGUGGAGGAAGGAGUUCGCCGCCUGCACGCUGAAGGGAUGCGGGCCUGCGUAG